AUGGCCCCGUCCUGCCGCCGGCGGCGGCCCCUCCACCACCUUCUCCAGCUUCUCGGGCUGUGCGUCCUGCUCGCCCCGCUACAGUUAACUCUCCAAAUCACUCUUCAGUGCAACAGUGAGAAGCAUUAUGAGCAUGAGGGAAGGUGCUGCACCAAAUGUGAUCCAGGAAAGUAUAUGUCUGCGAAAUGCACUGCCACCUCUGAAAGCAUAUGUUUACCUUGUGGCCCAGAUGAAUACUUACAUACCUGGAAUGAAGAAGAUAAGUGUUUGCUGCAAAAAGUCUGUGAUAGUGGAAAAGGUCUGAAAGUAGUUCAUCCUGGCAAUCAAACCUUCCCACGGCAGUGUGCCUGUACCCCUGGGUACCACUGGAGUGACGACUUUGACAGCUGUCAACGCAAUGGAAAAUGUGGCCCAGGCUUUGAAGCUGAAAAUCCUUUACAGCCAAACAAGGAUCCAGGAUGUAAGCCAUGCCUCAUGGGCUACUUCUCUGAUGCAUUUUCUUCCAAGUGUAUAUCCUGGACCAACUGUACCAGCCUUGGAAUGGUAGAAAAAACUCCUGGGACUGAUAAGUCAGAUGUGGUUUGUGAUCCUUUGCCACCUGAAAAGCCAGAAUAUGAAUCACCAAAAUACUUACACAAUAUAAUCUUUCUACUCCUCCUGGCAAGUUUGGCAGUCAUUACAGUCAUCAUCUUUGGGAUCUACUAUAGGAAGGAAGGGAAAGCGCUGACAGCUCAUCUGUGGCUCUGGAUCAAUGACACAUGCAGCAUCCUGAGACAAAAUAAGGAAUCAUCUGGUGAUAAUUUCAUCCAUACACACAUGACAACAUCGAGUGCUAGCCAGGCUUGUGAAGAUGUUUUAUUAUUGACCCCAGAAGAAAAGAUGGUACCUGAAGACUCGUGUUAUCCACAGGGACAUGUCGUGUGUGGGGAAGCAGAUCCGUGUAAAGUCGGAGAUAAUGCCAUGCUGUCCUUGGUCAGGGAGACUGAGGAAGAUAACUUUAGGCAGAUUCCCACAGAAGAUGAAUAUGUGGACCGAGCUACUCAUGGUUCUGAUUGUUUAUUGUUAUUGAGUCGGCCUGGAAGCAAGCCAGCUUCUCCUUUCUCAGAGCCCUUGGAGGUUGGGGAGAAUGACAGCUUAAGCCAGUGUUUCACUGGUACCGAAAGCACGAUGGAUUCAGAGAGCUCCUAUUGCACUAAAUCUUCAUGCAGGACUGACUCCAUCCAUAUAUCCUCUGAACUGUACUUGCAGAAAUCUUUCCACUGCAAUGACAGUAACCUUGCUAAGGAGGUGGAAAACAGUGACAGGAAUCAUUGGGCAGCUGACCUUGACUUAACAAAUGGCUUUAGGGGCUGCAGGGAGCCUCUCAGGAAGUACACUGAAGCUUCUGAGAAGAAAGCUGACCACAUCAUAGCAUCCUUUGAGAAUGGACCUUUCCCACAGUGCACCUGUGGUUCAGACCUUCCUCCAGAAAGUCAGAGUAGCCUGGCAAGUGAUGCUGAGGGUGAAGACUUGUCCUUUGAUGGGACUGAAGUGAAGUUCCCUAACACAAAAAGAGGCAGUUCUGGGUCAGGUGGUACCUCCAGCGACUCGCCUCUUGCAUCUGGAAAUGUGACUGGAAACAGUAACUCUACAUUUAUUUCAAGUGGGCAAGUAAUGAAUUUCAAGGGAGAUAUCAUUGUAGUCUACGUUAGUCAAAACUCCCAGGAGGGCCCCACCAUCCCAGGAACUGUGGGGGAAAACGUCGGCAGCCCAGUGCAAGAGGAAAACACGAACCGCUGUGACACUUUUGCAGGGAAUGAUCUCAAUUUCAAAGAGAAAUGCGCUGAGAGCUCCCUGGGGAACUCUUCUGAGGAUAAAUCGCAGAACUGCGUAAGAGAACAUACUGGAAGAUCAGGGCCAAGGAUUCAAGAGGAAACCCAACAUGGCCCUGAUAAAGAGAUUGACCAGAGCAUGGCCUCUCGACCCGUGCAGGAGGAGGGAAGACCCAAAUCCCAUUCCCUGAAAGCUUGGCAGUGAUGGGAAGCUAAAACUGCCUCUGACUCUUCCCAAAGGGUGUCAGAACCCAAAGAGCACCAGCCCAGGAGUCAGUAGACUUGGGAUCUAGUCUCAGAUCUGCUACCAACCAGUCAUGUACCCUCAGACAGGAAUUUCCCUUCUCUGGGUCUCAUUUGCUUCAUCUGUAGAGUGAGGGGUCCGUACCAGAUGACUUAUAAAGUCUCAUUCCUCUCCAAGGUUCAGUGAUUCUAAUCAUUCUCCCUGUUAAUUCUCAGUCAUGCACACAGCCAUACAUAUAAUGUAAUAAGCAUGGAUCAGGGAUGUCAAAUUCAAAUCUACAAAUGGACCAGUUUUCAUCUUUGGAAAAUACUAGCACACUGAACAGAUGAUGAAUCACAAAUAGGGUCAAAAUUAGGAAUCUAGGGGAUGGACAAUAGGUAGGAGUUGAUCUUCCUAUGACCCACCUAUUUAUGGGUCAUCACCUGUAAAUCCUUCUGUCAUUUGAUAGUUUGCUAUUUGGUCUUUUCUCUUUUAUUUUAAAAUCUAUGGCACUCUUUCUACCUUGCUCUUCACAGAUAUGGUUAAUUUUGAAAGCUCUAUUUUUGUAUUUCUGGUAACUGUAGCUGUGCCAAUUGAAUUUAUAGUUCCCGUGAUGGUUAAUGCCAUCGGCACAUGCUGCUCCUUCAUUCACAUUUAUCCCCAUGCUCAGCCGCCUGUAUUUCCCUUUUGUUGUCUUACCUAUCAUUUCUCCUAUUGUGUCCCUUUGAUUCCAUUUUGGUGACCACAUGGCCUUCUUCUGGGUGUACAUUUGUACACUUUCCAUCUCAGCUAUUCUUGAUGUUUUCACUUUUUUUAUUGACCAUUUCUCAACAAUUCUAAGUGGUGCCUUCUUUCUACUUUAAUUCCCUCCCUUUUGUAUAGACAAGACAUCUUCAUAUUUUGGAAAUAGCCUUUUGAGGGGUCUGUUAUGGAAGGCAGAAUGGUUCAAUAGAAAAAUCACUUUCUGUGAAAUUAGUGGGCCUAGGUUCAAAUCCCACUUGUGUGAGCCUGGGCAAGCUAUUUAACCUUUAUGGCCUCGGUUUCUUAAUGUAAAACAUAAGGGCCAGUAAAUGCCUUCUGAGGUCCAUUAAAGCUCCGGAUCUAUGAUCUUAUGUGUCUUGUCUGUGGCAAAUUCUAUGAGACCAGAAAUAUUUAAAAAGAAGCUUUAGGAAAACACUGGAAAAUUUGAGAACAAAAAUUUUCCCCAUAUGGACUUUUUCAGUUUUUCCUUUUUUUUUUUUUAAACAAGAGAUAACAAAAUUUUUUCCUCUGAAAUGUUCUGCUCUUCCUCACUGUAAGCCAAGCUUUCCUAUCUCUCAAUAGAACUAAAUAUAGGCAUUCUAAAAUAUAAUUGAAUUGUUGAGUGCCAUUUGACACUCUUGUUCUAGAGGUUUUUAUUUGUUUUGUUUUAUUUUUUAGCAACUAAAUGGCAAGAAAAAAAAAAUCCAAGUCACCAUGAAUUAUGGCCCCUGAGUGUCUUCUUGGAAAGACACUCAGGGACCAUAAAAUAAUGAAGAUGGGCUAAAUGAUCUCGUUAAGCCUCAUUGUAGCUCUAACACUCUAGGAUGCCAUGACCCUAGAGUUCUGAGCUAACUGGGUUAUUUUUACUGUCACUUUCAUCCAAUUAGUGUGAACUAUAACUCUGUGCCUCUAUUUUCUAACUUAAAAGGAGAGACAGAGACAUGUAUAACACAGUGUCCAGAAAGUUAGCCCUCUAAGGCAAAAAAACCUGAGUUCAAAUCCUGCUUCUAACGCAUUACUGGCUGUGAGAUUCUGGGCAAGUCCCUUAACUUCUUAG